CGUGACUCCAGGGCUCCGAGUGAAACCCACACAAAUCCAGGUGACUUGCAAGAAUUCUGAGAGCUUAACGACGACAACCGACGACGCCGCCGCCAACUUCUUGAUCACCGAUACAGAGGUUCAAGACAAUCAAAAUGGCGAACCAGAGACUCCAAUACCGCCGCCGGAACCCGUACAACACGCGGUCCAACAAGGUCCGCAUCAUCAAGACCCCCGGCGGUGAGCUCCGGUACCUCCACAUCAAGAAGAAGGGCACUGCUCCCAAGUGCGGUGACUGUGGCAUCAAGCUCCCCGGUGUCCCCGCUCUUCGCCCCCGCGAGUACUCUCAGAUCUCUCGCCCCAAGAAGACCGUCACCCGUGCCUACGGCGGUUCCCGCUGCGCUGGCUGCGUCAAGGACCGCAUCGUCCGUGCUUUCCUGAUCGAGGAGCAGAAGAUCGUCAAGAAGGUUCUCAAGGAGUCUCAGGAGAAGGCCGCUGGCAAGCGCUAAAUGGGUGCAUAAUAUGCUCAGUAUUUUUUCUUUAGUGGGAGCGAAUAUGGAAAAAUAAAAUUGGCUGGGUGCGGUUCUCUUAGAUUAAAGUGAACACGACGGCUUUACGAAAUGCCGUGUUUAUGAAUUUUAUUCAAGACUCAGUUCUCCAAAUAUCUUACGAUUUUGGUUGCAACGCAAUAGGUGUUCAUCG